GUGCAGGACAAUCCUGGACUCUUCAGAAGCCAUGGUUUCCUCAGGGGAGCCACCACUAGAGAGAAGAGAUACAAACUGGUAUGAAGUGACUGUUCAGAUGCCUUGACCAGCACACGAGGAGACUGAAACACAGCAUGCAGUACACAAGAGCAUAUCUAUGUAAUCACUGGGCCAUGCAAGUCUGACAGCUCUACUUACCUUCCUUUGUCGUCGGUGAAGAAAAUCACAGGGAUAAGAGGCAGUUCAUCUCUCUACUUCAGUGCGAGAUCACCCAGGUGGGAAUUCCCCUGCUUAUACUGUCAAGGUUGAGAGGUGAAGUGAAAACAGUACAGCAGCGUGAGAGGAAGCUGGGCAAAGAAUGAUCAGCAAGAGAGAGACGAAAGACAACACAGGUUAACUGGCAUGCCGGCACUGGAGCUGCAGGUGGCAUCUCUGGGAAUAUUUUUGGCACAGAGGUGAGUUUUCAGGUAGGUGAAGGCUGGACAGUGGAGCUGCAAUGCCAGAGCAAGAAGAAAACAGGGAGCCUGGAAGAGGCAACCUAAUCUCUGCCACCAGUCCUCCUCUGCAAGGGGAUUCAGGGUGCUCAGUGCUGCUGAGCAGGAGUGUGGGGUGGGGAGGGAUUUCUGACUGCCAGCAAAAGUAGAGCAGGAAGGUGCAAUCCCAGGCAUGGCAGGCAAAGGAAGGUUCUCCUGGAGAGAUGUGACAUGCUGAUGAGACUCUGGGAAAUGGGAGAGAGGAAAGCAGCAAAUGAAGAGGAAACAAAUUGGGUCAGACUGUGCCGUUUCUGCACAGUUUCCUUGUGGGAGGUUGCCUUGUCCUGUUUGUCCUAUUUGUAUGUUGUCUCCCCUGGGUGUGGAUACAACUGCCCAGGGAAGGCUGGGAGUGAAGGUGGGGUGCUUCAGUUUCAGGAAUUCAUCCAGGAAAGAGCUCAGUGAACAGUGGCCUCAGGACAUCAGCUGCCUCCUCACCUAACUCUGACCUGCUGCACACCUUCAGUGUUGGAAGCAAGCAGAGGCAUGGCCGUGAGUGUGCGGGUGUGUGGCUGUGCAGACGUGCUGUGAGGGCAGCGCUGGGGGCUGGGAACUAGGACAUGCAUAACCCACACACUGCCAGGUGGAGAGCAGCAGCCUUCCCCAGUCUGCUUGUGGUUUGGCCUCUUCACCAACCAGUGGCUCUCCCUCUGCUCCCUCAUAGCACUGCUCAAAUUUACCUGCCCACAUGCAGUUGGGUAGUGCUCCCCGAGCUAGAAUCAAUUUGCACGCCAUUGGCUUGAUUUAUUUUAGGUCUUACAUUAACCUUCCCCAUUUGUGAGCAUUUAUGGAACCUCAUUCUGUUAUCAGUCAUGGUUUUGUUAAAGAAUAUGUGCGUAUUUAAGAAUACUUCUACUCAUGUGAGCCAGGGAAAAUAAGCUUGAACGUGUCUGAUGGCUUGAACCCUUUUUCCAUAACUCAGAAACAUUUUGAAUGCCUGGUUCAUCACAGCACCUUAUGGUAUAAAGGCAUCUGUGCAAGUUUAUGUGUUUUUAGUUGCAUUUCAGUUUCGUUUUCUUACUGUGGCUUUUUAAUUCCCAGCACAACAGGGAGAAGUGAUUUCUUGAUAGGGCAAGGAUACCAUGGACUGGGGCUGUAUGUCUGAGUGGUUGUGCAGAGGCCUGAAAUGACCUUGUAAAUCAGGAUCUCAAGCAGAAUCAUUAGACAGGAAUCAGGAGAAGAAAAUGGCUGAAAGUGAAUGAGGGUGGGAAUGGGAUUCCUCUGAGUGUGUGUUCAGGUUUCAGAUGAGCAAAAAAAACCUGGAAAGUCAGUAUCCUGAAUCACCAAAUGCAGUUAAGUCCUGCAGUUCCUGGAUGGUUUCAGGCUGGUAAGGUGGAGAGCCAUUAGGCUCUCCUGGUAUUUCCUGUGCAGUACCUGCCCAGUUCCCUUGUGUGCUGCCAAUUUUCCACCUAUAAAUAAUCUGCCUGUAGAAAGCUUUUGACUGAUCAGGUUGCCUGGUUGCUUCAUUUUCUAAAAGUAAAUACUUUGAUGACAACUGUAAAAAUACCAGCUAAAUCUGUUGCUAGUAAAGCUCACGCUACUCCUAGAUUUACUCCUUUAGCCUACACCCUGCAUUAUCCAGUUACUCUUGGGAGACCAAAAAGCCCUGCAAAGGAGCCUCAUCUGGACAGCUCAUGAGUCUAACUCCAGACCACAAUUUUUUGUCUGGGAUUAAUGGGGCCAAAUAUCUAGGUAUCCAAACUGUGAUACCCCAUUUUAAGGCAAUGAUAAUUUCUCUUGGAGUCAUCACAUCCUAAUCUGGAUGUCCAGGACACACAAUAUUAAUUGCUCCUAAAAUAUGUUCUUUCUCUCCAUUGACUUUGGAGGACAUGGUGGAUGACCAGUUCAGCUGUGGGCAUCUAAAGACAGGGAAGAGAACCUUGUCCUUCAAGAUCCAAAGCUCUACAUCAGAGCCACAGAGAUAAAAGAAAAGUAACACAAAGGGUUCAAAAUGUUUAUAGUCCUGCAGGUGGGAAGAGGUGGAAUGACUGAAAAAAUUAUCCAUAACUUUUCCUCCCCUUCCCAUAUGCCCAAACCAUCUCAGUCAAUUUUACUGCUUUUGUAUAAUCUUAAGCAGUAAUGACUAAAAAUAAUGCAGCUGGAAGGGGUGGGACUUCUCUGUAUUAACUUGUAUAUGUGGGUCAGCUGCUGUAAAACAAAUCAGAAUAUUAAUUCAGAAUAGAUCUUCUGCAAAGAAUCUCAGUGGGAUGACUGAGGGAGAAAGCAGUUCUCAAGGAGCCAAUCUAACCUGAUUCACCUGAUAGAGAGCCCACAAUGAUUUUGUGAACUCAUUGAUUGGCCUCUUUGGGGAUUGUUCACUCUUUCCACCCUCAAUAAGAUACCUACUGAGGUAGGUGGGUUUUGUGGCAUGCUGGGGAAAAUGACAUUUUAAAAAUGCUUUUUGAUCCUUGUCAUGAAAGGUUAUAUUUCAAUAUUCAAUAAAGGUUUUAAAGGGAAAAGAUCUCUCUUAGGCUUCAAAAAUUAUUUUUUCAGCUCCUCAGAAGGAUAGGGGAACUAAAAGCAUCCUGUUGGGAGUAAACAAGCUGGAUAUUGCAGGAAGCUCUGAAAAAAAAAAAAAAAGCUAUUCCAAAUCAUCAUUAGGAAAACUGUGAGAGAAAAGUGAAGUGACAGAUCCACAUCUGUGUGACUUCUCUUGAAUCAUUUCAGUCCAGAAGACCAGAAACAGGCUGUGGGGCUGCAAAAAGCUAUCUAGUCCAGUCAGCUGAUUGGAUCUGAGCCCCUGGCUCUUCCUUGUGGCUUGGCCUGUGCUUCUCUCUGCCACAGGUUCCCAAAACAGAAAAAGGCAUUGGCCGAGAAGAAGGAUGUGGCAGUAAAAAGGAAGAGCUGAGGCAGCAGGCAACAAUGGUCAGUUUUACAAGCUUAAAUUUCACUAGCAAGAAUCAGACUGAUGGCAACAUGAGAGUCAUCCAGGCAAUAUAAUGACUGCACACACCUGGCAAGUGUUGGCCAUCUACAUGGUCUUAGCUGCAAGCCCCUCCGAGCAGCAAGCACUGAAGCAGGCUUGUCCUUCAUGCGAUGCCAGUCAGCUUUGCAACUGCUCCUCCAUGGGCUUGGAAUUCAUUCCCCCUGGGCUCACGGGCAAAAUCACAGUGUUAAACCUGACCCACAACAGGAUAAAGCACAUCCAAUCCCAGGACCUGCAGCAGGCUGUGAACCUGAGAGCCCUGCUGCUGCAGUCCAAUGAAAUCAGCUCCAUAGAUGAGGACUCCUUUCAGUCCCUGGAAAAACUGGAGCUCUUGGAUUUAUCAAAUAACAGCUUGGCUCACUUGUCCCCUGUGUGGUUUGGGCACCUUUUUUCACUCCAGCACCUCCAUCUUGAAGGCAAUUCCUACAGAGACCUGGGGCAGAGCUCGCCCUUUUCUAGGCUGAGGAACCUGAGCUCUCUCCACCUGGGCAACCCGCAGUUCUCAGUGAUAAGGCAAGGGAACUUUGAGGGCAUUGAGUUUCUGCACAAGUUGUGGAUUGAUGGCAGCAAUCUCAGUCAGUAUGAGCAGGGAAGUUUGAAAUCAAUUAAGCAGAUAAAUCACUUGAUCAUAAACAUAAGAAGUAUUAAUAUAUUCUCAGAAAUUGUUAGGGACCUUGUGCACUCUGUCACUUGGCUGGAAGUGAGAAGAAUAGCAUUCAGUAGUGCUGCAGAAAUGCAAGUAUUGAGAGUCAUGUCUUCAUGUUUUGCAAAGAAAAUUUCUUUUAGACAGAGUUUACUAACAGAUGCUACUGUGCCUGAGAUUGUCAGCAUUUUAGAAGACAUGCCAAAAUUAGUGGAGCUGGAGCUGGUAGACUGUAGACUCUUGGGAACUGGACAGUGGAAAAUGGAAUUUCAAGCAAAGAAAUCACAGACACUCAGAGUUUUCACAAUAAAGAAAUUAUCUAUAGAAGAAUUUUAUUUGUUUACAGAUCUUCAGGCUGUGGAAGGUCUACUAUCUCUUUUUAUGAGAGUCACAGUUCAAAACACCAAGGUCUUUUUGGUACCAUGUAGAAUUUCCCAACAUCUUCGGUCAUUAGUAUAUCUUGACCUUAGUGCAAAUUUGCUUGGAGACCUGAGUUUAGAACAUUCAGCCUGUCAGGGUGCUUGGCCAUUACUACAAACUCUAAAUUUAAGUCAGAAUUCACUGAGUGACUUAGAAAUGACGAGUAAAAGUUUAUCUCAUCUAAGAAACCUAAUUGUUUUAGACAUUAGCCUAAAUAAUUUUGGUGAGAUUCCAGAUGUGUGUGAAUGGCCAAAACUCCUGAAAUAUUUAAACCUGUCCAGCACUCAAAUCCCUAAAGUAACAAGCUGCAUUCCUGGAACGCUAGAGGUUUUGGAUGUCAGUGGAAACAACCUGAAGGAGUUUGGACUGCAGCUGCCAUUUCUGAAAGAGCUGUACCUCACAAGAAACCAGCUGAAGACGCUGCCGGGGGCCGCACCCAUUCCAAACUUAGUGUCCCUGUCCAUCAGAAGAAACAAGCUGAACGGUUUCUCCAAGGAGGAGUUUGAGUCCUUCAGGAGAGUGGAGCUGCUGGAUGCCAGUGAGAACAACUUCAUCUGCUCCUGUGAGUUCCUCUCCUUCAUCCACCACGAGGCCAGGCUGGCCCAGGUGCUGGUGGGGUGGCCGGACAAGUACGUGUGUGACUCUCCGCUGGCGGUGAGAGGGGCGCAGGUUGGCGCUGUGCACCUGUCCCUGAUGGAGUGCCACAGGUCCCUGGUGGUGUCGUUGAUCUGCGUCCUGGUGUUCCUGCUCAUCCUGCUGCUGGUGGCCGUCGGCUACAAGUACCACGUGGUCUGGUACCUGCGGAUGACGUGGGCGUGGCUGCGAGCCAAGCGGAAGCCCAAGCGCGCCCCGCCGAAGGACGUCUGCUAUGACGCUUUUGUCUCCUACAGCGAGAACGACUCCGAGUGGGUGGAGAACACCAUGGUGCGGGAGCUGGAGCAGGCCUGCCCUCCCUUCCGGCUCUGCCUGCACAAGCGGGACUUUGUGCCGGGGAAGUGGAUCGUGGACAACAUCAUCGACUCCAUUGAGAAGAGCCGCAAGACGCUCUUUGUGCUGUCCGAGCACUUUGUGCGGAGCGAGUGGUGCAAAUACGAGCUGGACUUCUCGCAUUUCCGCCUCUUUGAUGAGAACAACGACGCGGCGAUUCUCAUCCUCCUGGAGCCCAUCCAGAGCGAAGCCAUUCCCAAGAGGUUCUGCAAGCUGCGGAAGAUCAUGAACACAAAGACCUACCUAGAGUGGCCUCUCGAAGAAGAGCAGCAGCAGAUGUUUUGGUUUAAUUUGAAAAUAGCUCUAAGGUCCUAGACAGGGACAUGAAGAAAUAAAUAUGUAGUGAAUUUACUCUGGA